UGCAAAAAUAAAACGGAACAACAGAACUUACUGAGACAAUAAUUGAGUGUUGGAGAGGAGAAUUCAUUUGGGAGCAGCCUCUUUCCUUUGAAUCAUAGGUGUUGUUGUUCUUGUUGUUAAUAGAGUCAUGCUUGUGUUUGGUUGUUUGUGGCGUUGUGUGUUUUUGGCUUAGGGGUAAGGCAAAGUGUUUUUGCUUGUUUGGGGUUUAGUUCUAUUCGGUGAGGCCUUCGCCUUAGCCUUCUAAAAAAUAUUACGAUUUUUUUUUUGGAUUUUAAUUAAAGAAGAAAUAAAGAAAAAAAUGCAAAGAAAUUGCAUGUAAAAAGAGAUAGAGAGAAAAAAACUAGGAAAAAUUGUGUGAUAAUUAUUUAGGGAAAAAAUAAAUAAUUGAAGAACUAGAUUAGCCUGCCGUGCGUUUGUCGGUUGGUCGCUCGUCUCGUGUGAUUAAAGUAAUGCGUGUCGUGAUUUGUUUAGUAAUGCCGCCGCUAUCUCCCCGUUCGUUCGUACGCUCGCCCGCUCGCUUUUUGUGUCAUUUGAAUUGAGAGCGCCAAGUUUGCCCUACCGACCUAAUUUCCUCGUUUUUUUUUUUUUGCUUUUCAUUCUAACGUGUGGCCAUACGUCUGGAAAUAGUGCUAGACGCGGGGGCUAUAAAAAGGGAAUUUUGUAAUAAUUAAAAAAGGAAAAAAAGACAAAACGGAGCCUUCUGUUUCUUUUCGUGAGGAUUUGUAGAUACAUUUUGUGUGUCAUGCAACAUGUCGUCGUCGUUCGUUGUUCAGUAGUUACGUUGUCUGUCGCCGCUGACUCGCCGUGUUUCCGUGGCAAAUGAAAGUGGAAGUGUUUGUAAAACCUUGAUGAAAAGCAAAAGUGAAUUUUGAAAAAAACAAGAAAUAAAAAUUAAACAUUUUCAAAAGGAAAUUGCAAAAAAAAAUCUAGUUUUUGUGUCAGUUGGUCGGCAAAGCGAAAAAAUAAACGAGAAAGAGACUAAAAACCCCCCAUUGCAAAGAACUUUUUUUUUUGCAUAGAAGAGCAGUAAUCAAAAUCAAAAGUUUGCAACUGCGAGUGUUCCUGUGUUUGUUUGUCUGUGUGUGUGUGUGAAAAUAAAUCUACUCCUCGUUGUCGCCGCCGCCGCCGCCGUUUUGUGUUAUUCCUUCGUUUUGUUGUCUCGUCGCCGCCGCAUUAUUUUUUGCAUUUUGCCAAUUAUCAUCAUCGUUGUUGCUGUUUUGCACCAAAUAACCCGCAAUGUACAACCUGUGGCUCGUCGCUCUCAUAACGAUGCCGUUAAUAAGGAAAUAAAAGAGGCUGCCGUAUUUGCUAGAAUGGAUACCGCCAAGAAAGAAAGCUUCGUUACAAAAUAAUAUGGAACAUUUUUCCGUGGCCCUCUUGGCGGACAGUGCUUAUGGUAAUUUAAACAAUAACAACAGCAACAGCAACAACAACAACAAUAUCAACAAUAAAAACAACAACAUCAACACCAUGCAUCAUCACAAAGAUCACAUGUUGGGUGCCGGUAGCACUCCCAGCACCACGGGCUUUAUGUAUGACUCAUCGUCGGCCCAUCAUCAUGCCAAGCCGGAAAUGACCAUGGCCAAGAGUGACUAUAGCUCCUUUGCCUCCUGCAUUCAACAGUCGACCAUGUUGGAUCAUCGCAAUGUUGCCAUAGAUGCUAAUCUGGAUGCGGGCGUUUCGCUGGGUGCUCUGUGCGAUUUGAAGUUUGGACCGCCGUCCAAUGGUGGGGUAGGAGGUGGUGGUGGCGGUGUGGGUGGUAGUCCACCCCUCAUGGGUGGUGGCAAUGCCACCACAGAUGUGGAGAGCAACUUUAAAAGUCUACCACCGCUCAUAACCAACAUUGAGGCUACCAAUCUAAUGGGUGUCCUGCCCAAAGUUGUGGGCUCUUCUGGCAUGGCCGUUAAUGUGCCACAAUUUGCUCAAAUGCUAUUCAGCCGAGAACAGCCACCGCCAGCUCCACCGGCGCAACCCAUACAGGGUUCAUAUGGGGGUCAUCCCCAUCAUCCGCACAUACCAAUGAAGGCUCAAGAAGUACAAAACACUGCCACAGAGACGACAACGCGUCACUAUUUGCCAGGACCCGGAGGGGGAGCCAUGACCUCAACGGGAGGUCUCCUGAUCAAUUCCAAUGCCAGUUCGGAAGCCAAUAAUGAGGCCAGUGGGGAGACGAAUUAUGUCGACUUUGCCAUGGUGGGUCAUAAUCAUCAUCGGGGCAUUAAUACGGCCAAUAUGGAUGCUAUUUCUACCACAACAACAACAACCACAGCCAGUAGCAAUAACAACAACAACAACAACAACCAUUUAACAAAUGAUAGCCAUAUAACAACAACAACAGCAACCACCACCACCACUCUUAGGAAUGAUAACAACAACAAUACCAUACACACUGCCAGUAACAAUCACAACAACAAUAAUCAUAGUACACCAACAACAACACCAACCCAGCCGCCAACUCAGCCACCGUCACAGCCGACCAGCCGCUCCCAGAUGCACAGUAUUGAAGAAUUAGCCGCCAGUUCCUGUACGCCCACCUCAUCAACCGUCGCCGCCCCAAACACCAUUAGCAGCAGCCCCACCAGCAUUGGAGGAGCCCUUAAGGGCUCCAACAACAGUUCAGUCACAGCUACAGCAGUACCUUCAGCCAAUGAUCAGCAGCAACAACAACAACCACAGUCUCAAAACUCGCUUGGCAAUAGUCCAUCCGGGGCAGCAACAUCACAGCCAACAACUUCUCAACAACAUCAGCAGCAUCAGCAACAACAACAACAUCAUCUGCUGAAUUCAUCGAAUAUUAGCACCGACAGCAAUGAUGACGACUCCAUGUCCUCAUCCGAUGAAUAUAUCGACAUGGACUUCAAUGAUCGAACGGGUUAUCAGGACACCACCUCCUCGCAUUCACAACAGAGCGCCAACGGUGGCGCUGGUGGCAAUUCCCAAAAUAAUGCCGCCGCUGCGGGGGGCAUGGCCCUCAUCAACGGUGUCGUCACCCUAAAUACCGCCCAAAAUUCAGCCGUCAACAGCGGUGGCGGCAAUGGUGGCUCCUCGGCCUCUUCAGCCUCAGGCACUUAUAUGUCCCUGCUGCCACCAGCCACCUCGUCCUCGGCUCCACAUUUGGGUGUAUCGCAUAUGGGUGGUGGUGGUGGCGGCGGUACCAGUGCCACCGCCAGCGGUUCCACGCCGGAUGUCAUAGAUUUCAAACAUCUGUUCGAGGAGUUGUGUCCUGUGUGCGGGGACAAGGUGAGCGGCUAUCAUUAUGGCCUGCUCACCUGUGAGUCGUGCAAGGGUUUCUUUAAGCGCACCGUACAAAACAAAAAGGUCUAUACGUGUGUGGCCGAACGCUCCUGUCACAUCGACAAGACGCAGCGCAAACGGUGUCCGUACUGUCGUUUCCAGAAGUGUCUGGAGGUGGGAAUGAAGCUGGAAGCUGUGAGAGCCGAUCGCAUGCGAGGCGGCCGCAAUAAAUUCGGACCCAUGUACAAACGGGAUCGGGCGCGAAAACUGCAGGUAAUGCGACAACGACAAAUUGCAUUGCAGGCCCUACGAACGUCCAUGGGUACGGGAGAUAUGAAACCGACGCCCCUGUCCCCCGGCUAUCAAACCUAUUCGAAUAUGAAUAUCAAACAAGAAAUACAAAUACCUCAGGUAUCCUCUCUCACACAAUCGCCCGACUCAUCACCCAGCCCCAUUGCUAUUGCCUUAGGUCAGGUCAAUGCCAGCACCGGUGUGAUAGCCACGCCCCUCAACGGCAGUGGUGGCAGUGCAGGUGGCGGAGGCGGCGGCGGUGGUGGCGGUAAUAAUGGCAGCAGCAACAACAACAACAGUACGAGUGAUGGCAUCAACCGCGUUGGCAGUGGUGGUGGCAGUGGAAAUUGCCACGACACCGGUACCGGGUCUCUACAAAACGCCAGCGAUUCAAAAUUGUGCUUCGACUCGGGCACACAUCCUUCAAGUACCGCCGAUUCCAUAAUAGAACCUUUAAGGGUAUCACCGAUGAUCAGGGAAUUUGUACAGUCAAUAGACGACAGGGAAUGGCAGACGCAACUAUUUGCCCUGCUGCAGAAACAAACGUACAAUCAAGUUGAAGUGGAUCUCUUUGAGUUAAUGUGUAAAGUUUUGGAUCAGAAUCUAUUCUCACAGGUCGAUUGGGCCCGAAAUACGGUGUUCUUUAAGGAUUUGAAGGUUGAUGAUCAAAUGAAACUACUACAACAUUCAUGGUCCGAUAUGCUGGUAUUGGAUCAUUUACAUCAACGCAUACACAAUGGCCUGCCCGACGAGACACAGCUGAACAAUGGCCAAGUCUUUAAUCUGUUAAGUCUUGGACUGCUCGGUGUGCCGCAACUAAGUGAUUAUUUCAAUGAAUUGCAAAAUAAAUUGCAAGAUUUGAAAUUCGAUAUGGGCGAUUAUGUGUGUAUGAAAUUCUUGAUAUUAUUAAAUCCAGAUGUACGGGGUAUUAUCAAUAAGAAGACAGUGUUGCAGGGUCAUGAGAAUGUGCAGGCGGCAUUGUUAGAUUAUACGCUAACAUGUUAUCCAUCUGUGACGGAUAAAUUCAGGAGGCUGUUAAGUAUAUUGCCGGACAUUCAUGCCAUGGCAACACGCGGUGAAGAGCACUUAUAUUCAAAACAUUGUGCCGGUAGUGCACCCACACAAACGUUACUCAUGGAAAUGUUGCAUGCAAAACGGAAAGUGUAAAGGCAACACACCAACCAACCACCAUCAAAAUCCACACACACACACACAUCUAUAUAUGUAAACGUAUAAGGGGCGGGUAUUAAAUAAACACACACAACAAAAAAGGAAAUCAACCAUACCACUUAAAAAUCAUUUUGGAAACAAAAAAAAAAGAGCAAAGCAAGUUACCAACCAACAAAAAAGCAAAUCUUCAAAAACCAACAAGGAUGUUGUUAAGAGAGAAAUUACAGAAAAAAUAAAUAAUACAACAAAGCUAAGCUUAACCACAAAAAAACAAAACAAACAAAUAAGGAAAAAAAGAAAUAUAUUUUUGUGACAAAUUGUAAAACAAAAACCCAGAUGAUUUUUCAAAAAAACAAAA